GUUUUUGCACCACUCCAUGGAGGUGGAUUUCUGGGACCUUAGGAGUAAUGUGCCUUUUGUUGAUGGCUAUUUUUGGAAUUGUGUUGAAACACUACUCUGACUGCUGUUCUUGCCAGGAGAGGUGGAUUGGGUACAGCUGUAACUGUUACUUCAUUUCCAAUGAAUCCAAAACGUGGAAUGAAAGUAGUGAUUUCUGUGCUUCUCAUAAUUCCACCCUUCUUCAGAUGAACAAUAGAAAUGAAUUGCAGCACUUUAUGAAAUUCAGUAAAAAAUAUUACUGGGUUGGAGCCAUCUACAGUGAAAAACAACAAGCCUGGGCGUGGCUGAAUGGCUCUGCUCUCUCUCAAGAUCUAUUCUCCUCCUAUCAAACUGCAAAUUCAAAGAACUGCAUAGUAUACAACCCACACCUUGGUUUUAAGGAUCAACCUUGCAUGUGGAAAAACUUAUAUAUCUGUAAGCAAGAACUUAUGUAG